CAUGUUUUCCCAAAAGGUUCCAUUCUUCUGUAAAGGGUAAGGACAAGAUCUCCAUCUUUAUGUUUCCCCAUCCCUGCUGAAGUUGGCAUGGAUUCUGUGUGCUGAAAGCUUGGUAAUAAAUUAGAGAACACUAUCCUAUUCAGGAGCUUGGCAGAGCUGAGGUCUGUCGAAAACUCCUAGUGGUACUAAGGACGUGCCCUGUUUGCACAAAUCAUGCAAAUCAUCAUCAGGAAGGACCCAGAGUUAGUCCGAAAAUGAAGGCAGAAAAGGAAGUAUUCUCAAGAGGUUUCGCCACUCCACACUUACUCAAUAUUUUAUUUUUUCUUCUUGCACUGUCAGCAGCAGCAGAGGGAGUGAACAUAACGACACAAGCCUACAUUACCCAUGGUGUGGCGGGAAGUUCGGUCUUGCUUUCUAUACAGUACACAACCAGCAGCUCGGAGACUCCCGUCAUCCAGUGGCAGCUGAAGAGGGACAAGCCCAUCCCUUUGGUCCAGUCCUAUGGUACUCGCAUCCUGGGCAAGCUGCGACCUGAGUACAAGGAUCGUAUUGUCAUCUUCCGCAAUGGGUCUCUGCUGAUCCACAACCUGCAGCUAACCGACGAAGGAAUGUAUGAAGUUGAGAUUGCAAUCACGGACGAUGCCCCCACUGCAGCACAAACACUCAAUUUAACUGUUGAUAUCCCCGUGUCGAAGCCCGUGGUGGUCUUAUCAUCCUCCACAGUAUUGGAACUGAGUGAAUACGUAACAUUAAACUGUUCGCAUGAAAAUGGAACAAAACCAAUAUAUACAUGGCUGAAAGGAGGGAACCCCCUAGAAAGCGACGAGAGGCUCUCUUUGUCCAGUGAUCAGAAAACACUGACCAUCUCACAGGUCCGCGUAACUGAUGAUGACAUUUACAGCUGUACAGUGGAGAACCCCAUCAGCAACUCUCGAAGCACGCCGGUCAAACUGACCGUGUACAAGCGGAGCUCUUUGUACAUUAUCCUGAGUACAGGUGGAAUUUUCAUUCUGGUUACCUUGGUUACUGUGUGUGCUUGCUGGAAGCCAUCAAAAAAAAAUAAAGGAAAGGGAGAAAAGGAGGGAUCACAAAGUCUUGCAGAGCAGACUGAAGAUCAAGCCAAACGUGAAGUAGCGCUGCUACCAAAAGGAGCAGAACACAAACGUGAGCGAAGGAGCCGCAAGGGAUUAUAUGUCAUCAAAGAAAAGGAUUCUCCAGAAGCUGAGGAAGACUCCCACAUCGAUGCCAAGAAUGCAUCGGAUCAAGCGGAAUUCAUCGUUCCCUCCACAUCUCCAACAAGAUCCUCAAGAGCAGGUGGGCAGUCACCCAGGCGAUAUGGCAGAUCUCCUGUCCGAUCUCCUGGCUCUACCAGACUGCAGAAGUCACCAAGCAGAUCCCCCAGCUCGCCAGGACACCGUGGAAGUGGCAACUGUGUUGUUCAGCCAACAGAAGUCCAUAUGAUCAUAGAGCAAGAUGAAGCUAAUAUGGAAGAAAAGUAAUGCUUAAAAGAUUUUGUAUCUUCCGUCACAGACAUAAAAUAUAUUGUAGGUGCAGAAAUAUCAAUAUCAAAGCCUGGAACACAUCCAAGAUUCUGCCCCCACACCCCUAACAAUUGCUUUAUCUGACUGUAUAUGUAAUGCUGGUAACUUUGUCUUAACUAAUGUACAAUAUUUAAGCCUUUGCUCCCACCAGUGUGACCUCCUGGUAUCAAAUGUAUUAAAAAUACCCACCAAUGAACCUCAUCGUAAACAGUUUAAGAAGGAAUUGCAGAUGCUGGAAAAUCGAAGGUAGACAAAAAUGCUGGAGAAAUUCAGCGGGUGAGGCAGCAUCUGUGGAGCGAAGGAAAUAGGCGACGUUUCGGGUCGAGACCCAUCUAUGUCUCGACCCGACAUCUCGUCACGAAACGUUGCCUAUUUCCUUUGCUCCACAGAUGCUACCUCACCGGCUGAGUUUCUCCAGCAUUUUUGUCUACCUUCAUCUCAAACAGUGGCUGUUUUGUUUUGGGUAGGCAGUGGAAUUGCUCAGUUUGGGACAUUGUGUGCUUGAGAUGCAAUUUACAUUUAAAGGCAUAAUUAUGCAAUAUUACAUUUUCUAAAUCUAAAUUGAAUUAUUUCUCAUGUGAAUUCCUUAACAACCCACUGGGUAAUAAGGCAGCAGGAACUAAAGGUGUAUAAGCACACAGGUAGGAAAUGAUUGCUGUUUCUCUGCAGACAGCUUUCAUAAACCCUGUUCUAAAGUGGCAUCACCUCUUAUAUUAGGUACAUAUUCCACCAGAUGUGACCCUGAUCCACCUAUAUGAAAAUGAUGCCAGUACUGAUGUUCUAUUCUGAUCUGACAGAUGUUAGCUGACGACACAAUAAUUAGCCACUGUGUCCUUAGGUUGUAUGUGGGAAUGGGGAGCGAGUUUUACCCCACAAAAAGAUGCAUAUGGACAUGUAUUGAUUUGCUUUGAUACCAUCUGAUUUGAUGCCAUCUUCAGCACAUAUGUCCAUGCUUGCAGAAUGGUCAAUGUGCAAGUAUUUAUCUAUUUUCCAGUCGGCAAAGUAAUUGAUUAUAGCCUAACUUGGAUAGCGACACUCUUUCAAGGACCUGAGCCAUCACUUCAGUCAUUAGUGGCAAUUGCAUAUCUUGAUACAAUAUAAUGAUACAAUUUAUUUGUUGUUAUUUGAACCUCAUUGAGGUUCAAACGAAAUUUGGUUUCUGCAGUCAUACACACAAGUAGAAGAACCAAGACACAACACAAUUUACACAAACAUCCAUCACAGCGAGUCUCCUCCUCACUGUGAUGGAAGGCAAAGUCUUAUCUCUCCCCUGCACUCCCCAUUCUCCUCCCGAUGUCAAAGUCAAAGCCCCCGGCGGGCGAUGGUAAAUAAGUCCCGCAGCCAUUAAAGACGCGCCGGGCGAUGUAAGGCCCUCCACCGGGUCUUGGUGUUGGAGCCCCCGGCGGGCGCCAGCAUGUCCCGUGGCCAUUUAAAGCCGCGCCAGGAGAUGUAAGGCCCUGCAUCGGGUCAUCCUCAACCCCGCAACUCGGGCGGGAGAAGUCGCCGUUGCGGAAGCUUCGAAAAGCGGUCUCCCACCAGGGACCCGCGGGCUCCCGGUGUCACCUUCCACCGGGCCGGCGGCUGGAGCCUCCGAAUCUCCGAGGUCGGGUCGCAGCAGCACACCACCACCGCUCCUCCCGUUCCGAACUCGGCCAGCUCCGCGAUGGUAGGUCCGUAGGCUGGAGCCCGGUUCCGGUUGGAGGCCGCUCCACGCUGCUAGGCCCCAACGACAACGGAGACCCGACAGAGAAAAGGUCGGGUCCUCCAUACAGGGAAAAUAUUUUAAAAGAUGCCCCC